AUGAAGCUUCGGAUAUCUUUGCUCUGCGUCUUUCUAGGGUUUCUGGUGCUGUUCCUGUCGCCGCCGUCAAUGGCGAAAUUCGUGGUAGAGAAGAACAGCUUGACGGUUACGUCGCCAGACAACAUCAAGGGCACGCACGAUAGCGCGAUUGGAAACUUCGGGAUACCCCAAUACGGAGGCAGCAUGGCUGGAAACGUGGUGUACCCCAAGGACAACAAAAAAGGUUGCAAGGAGUUCGAUGAGUAUGGGAUUUCCUUCAAAUCCAAACCCGGUUCUCUUCCCACUAUCGUUUUGCUCGAUCGAGGAAAUUGCUUCUUUGCUUUGAAGGUAUGGAAUGCACAGAAGGCUGGAGCUUCUGCUGUUCUUGUUGCAGAUGACAUUGAGGAAAAGUUGAUAACCAUGGACACUCCUGAAGAGGAUGGGUCAUCUGCGAAAUACAUAGAGAACAUAACAAUACCAUCUGCCCUCAUUGAAAAGAGUUUUGGUGGAAAGUUAAAGGAUGCCAUAAGUAAUGGGGAUAUGGUCAAUGUAAAUCUUGAUUGGAGAGAGGCUGUUCCCCACCCGGAUGAUCGUGUGGAGUAUGAAUUGUGGACCAACAGCAAUGAUGAGUGUGGAGUUAAAUGUGAUAUGUUGAUGGAAUUUGUGAAGGAUUUUAAGGGUGCGGCACAGAUAUUGGAGAAAGGUGGUUAUACUCAAUUUACGCCCCAUUAUAUAACUUGGUACUGUCCUCAGGCAUUCACAUUGAGCAAACAGUGCAAGUCCCAGUGCAUAAAUCAUGGGAGAUAUUGUGCUCCAGAUCCUGAGCAGGAUUUCAGCACUGGUUACGAUGGAAAGGAUGUGGUUAUUGAAAAUUUAAGGCAGCUUUGUGUUUUCAAGGUGGCAAAUGAAACCAAAAAGCCUUGGGUGUGGUGGGAUUAUGUCACUGAUUUUCAAAUUAGAUGCCCAAUGAAGGAGAAAAAAUACAACAAGAAAUGUGCAGAUGCUGUCAUUGAAUCUCUUGGCCUUGAUAUUAAAAAGAUUGAAAGGUGCAUGGGAGAUCCGAAUGCUGAUUCUGAAAAUCCUGUUUUGAAAGAAGAGCAAGAUGCCCAGGUUGGGAAGGGGUCACGAGGUGAUGUUACCAUAUUGCCUACUCUAGUUGUCAACAAUAGACAGUAUCGAGGAAAAUUGGAGAAAGGUGCUGUUAUGAAAGCUAUUUGUGCUGGUUUUGAAGAAACUACUGAACCAGCUGUUUGUUUGAGCAGUGGUAAAUGUUUACUUUCUUUUGGUUCUGCAAAGAGAAACUAG